GAAUGAAGGCAUCUAAAACAUAAUUAUUUACUAUUCUGCAGAGUUGUGAACUGAAAUGUAAGACAUAUGUGUAAGACACACGUUAUUUUUUAAAUCCUAAACUCCAAAAUACUCGCGAGCUCUUCUGCUGCUUCCAUACAGUCUGCACCGCGUGUGACCGACAGAGGUCGCUGUGCGCCUUGGCACAAUGGAAACCACCUGGGCGUCAUCUCUGAACCUGUUCAAUCGAUAACCAAAUCCAACACAAUCUCGCCGCUCAGCCAGACGCUCUGAGGUGAUCAUUUCUUAUCAAAGCAGCCUUCAACCUGUUAGACUGACUUUAACGGAGCAAAACGAAACUUGGAGAGGUGGUUUAGCCUAUUUAAAACCACAAAAAGGUCAAUUACUGCGGAUUGAAGAGGAAGUUGAGGGUAUGUAAUGGGUUAACGUCGGAAGGCCUCGCAUUACCUUUACUGCGCGUCACCCGGCUCCGUAAAGUGGUCUCACCAUCCCAGCAUCCAAACCAAAGGGGGAAAUCGCGGCCAGAAGCGCAUCCUCGCCUCGGUCGGUCUCACAUCAUCCUGUCGGUCUCCGCCCUGCAGCUCCGUCAUCUCACAUCCACAAGAAAGAGGGAACUGAAAGGAAUAAGUGAUUUACCGGAACCAUGAAGGACCGCAUGCAAGAACUUAAACAUGGGAAGGAGACAGCAGAGGAGGAGGAUGAAGUUGCUGUAGGGAUGGAGAAAGGCUUCAUGGACGAAUUCUUUGAACAGGUGGAGGAGAUCCGGGGUUUUAUUGAGUCUCUGGCAGAGAAAGUUGAGGAGGUGAAGAGGAAGCACAGCGCCAUCCUCGCCUCACCUAACCCUGACGAGAAAACUAAGGGCGAGCUGGAGGACCUUAUGGCAGACAUCAAGAAGUUGGCCAACAAAGUGCGCUCCAAAUUAAAGAGUAUCCAACAAACCAUUGAGCAAGAAGAAGGCCAGAACAGGUCAUCAGCUGACCUUAGGAUACGCAAGACACAGCACUCCACACUGUCCCGUAAGUUUGUUGAGGUGAUGUCAGAAUACAACACCACCCAGUCGGACUACAGGGAGCGCUGCAAGGGACGCAUUCAGAGACAGCUGGAGAUCACUGGGAGAAACACAACAAAUGAGGAGCUGGAGAGCAUGUUGGAGAGUGACAACCCAGCUAUUUUUACCUCGGGGAUUAUAAUGGACAACAUCACAGAGCAAGCUAUGAAUGAGAUCGAGACACGGCACACUGAGAUUAUCAAGCUGGAAAACAGCAUCAGAGAGCUUCACGACAUGUUCAUGGACAUGGCCAUGCUGGUGGAGAGCCAGGGUGAACUGGUGAACAACAUUGAGCGGAGGGUGCUGGAGGCUCAGGAAUAUGUGGAGCAGGCAAAGGAGAACAUCCCAAAAUGCAAAAAGUUCAAAAAGACCAGCAGACGGAUGUUCCUGAUAGGAGGUUGUAUUGCAGUAUGUCUGACCGUCCUCGUUAUUUCCCUCGCAGUGGGACUCAGUUAGGACCCUAACAAAUCCCUACAGAGAAGGAGGGGAUGCCUCUGUCCCAGUCAGCAGUUAAAAUGUACUGUAACUGCUCAUGAAGUUGAGAGCCUUUUAAAUUAUUAUUUUUUAUGCCUUUUCUAAACUAAACAGUCAAAAACAUUGAGGAACUAACUUGUGUUCUGUGUCUGUAUCAUGAUUCACAUACCUUUGUCAUGUGCAUGUUCUACAGUCUGUUGAAGAGCUAUGCAUGUUUUUUAAUAGCACAAAGCUGCAGAUAUGUGGUUAUGUCCAUUUAUAAUCAAAAUAAACGUGUUGACUUAGAUUUUUCAAAAACAAAAAGAAUUUUCAAAGCACACAUAGCUCAGCUAUAUAAGUUUGUGAACUGUCAGCCUCUCACAUACUUGUAGAUGUAUCUUAUAUUGAGAACCCUGAUGAUGUUUUGGGUUUUUUUGAGUCCAUGAUCACUGUUUUGCCUUGUUUGUAGCAUUAAAGGAAUACUUUGACAAUUUGGGAAGUAAACGUAUUCGCUUUCUUUCCAAGAUUUAGAUAAGAGGAUCGAUUAAAAAAAACAUUAAGUUGUGGUUUUAUAGUGGUUAUGUGAUGGACCAUCCAUUGGCCUUGUGCAGUGAGUUUUUUGAAUCUCCAGUCCAGCACAUAAAACCCAUGGAUGUAAUAUAAAAACUGGAUACUGCACUCCAAGAUCCCUCCCGCAGCCCUCACAGUUGAAUGAAGAUUGCUCAUGAAGUCUCCUAGCUUCCAGGUUUGCUCCUGCAUUGUGCGGCCCACUGCACAGACUCAUUAGUGUUUAGUCGUCGUUUGUAUAAUUCAGUUUUUUUACAGAUCAAACAAAAUAUAAAGUGUUAAUUGAUGAGCCUUAGAGGUGUUGUUAAGCAAAUUUUGUUAACUUUGGACAUAUCUAAGCUAAACAGCUUCUUAUUUACCAUGCAAAAGUGUGGUAUCGAUCCUCUCAUCUAUCGGCUGAAAGCAAAAAAACGUAUUGAAGCUGUUUCUUUAAAAAUUGAUAGAGACUGCAGAUUCCAUAGAUUUCAAGAAGACACUACAGUUUUCUUUCAUGCACUGGUCAAUUUUGAGAUUUGGGGUUUCUUUGCUUCCAUAACAUAGCAUUAGAUAAUGCUUUGUUUGUGUAUUUAAACAUAACAUUUCAGAAAACCUGUCAUACAAAAAAAUUAUUGUCUUAAAGAUAUGUAUAAAGAUAGUAAAAUUCCAUUGUGUACGGCAAUACAGGUGAAAAGGGUAAAAAAAACAAAUGGAUAUCACCAUGAAACUUGUUGACCAACUUGUCAGCCUCUAGUUGAUUACAAUAUUAAAGGCAGUUUUCUCAAAAUAAGUUCUUUCUCAUACUUCCAGAAAUCUCCACAAACGUUCCAGUUUUAUUCCCAUCUAUAUUCUGAGGUUUUUACAGAGGGGAUUGUUCAUAGAUAAUUUGUAACAAGAUUUAUUUAACAUUUUAUUUCUAAAAACAUGACAGAAAUUGAUUUUUAUGGCUGACAGUAUUUUCUGAUUUAUGAAGUGAUAAAUAGAAAUUUCCUCUUUAAAAACCUUUAAUUAAAAAAAAAAAAAUUAAACAAGAAGUUUGUACCUGGCUUUAUCCAAUGUCUAGAUUUCUGUUGUGGAAAUACAUGCAAAUUAGAACAUAUUUAAUUAGUCAAUGCCUAAUUUGCAUAUUAUCCAUAACAUUUAAAAAAAAAACUGUAAUACUAAAAUUAUUGUCUUAAGUAAGAGUGUCAUAGUAAUAUCUAUUAUUUAAAAUAUUUACCCUAUUCACCUGUAGUGUAUGGCUUUAAAUGUUGGACAUUGGCUGUUUAUGAAUGUAUGUGGAGGAGUGCAUGCUAAAAAGACAUGUUUUACAAUUUAAUUUUGCCUAAAAGUCGCUGUGUGAACAGUCCUGGUGAACAUCGGCACAGUCUUUAUGUUGCUUUAAGCUUAUUUCAGGAGGUAGCUGCAUGUAUUGCUGCCUGCCACAUUGCUUCCUGUGGCAUGUUUGAAUAUUGUGUAUGUUGUUUAAUGUGGUUUGAACAAAAUGCAGGAACCAAAUAUUCAUGGUUUUAAAAGCAGAAGAUGUGGAAGUGCUUCUAAACAGUCACAGUCCAACAAUAUCAUCAGAUACAUAAAAAUCAAAUAGUCUUUCUCCAAAUUGCUGUUUUUCUAAACUGCAUUUUGUUCUGAUGAUUAUAAACAUGGCUUAAAAGUAAAGAACAAGUUAUAUUCCUAAUAUGUUUUCCCCUACUCCCCAUCUGCUGCCUUGGAUGACUGUUUAUCUGUUGUUUUUAACACUAUGCAGAAGAAAAUUAUGAUUAUUAUAUGCUGUGUGGUUCUGGGAAUUGUCAUUGCUUCCAUCGUUGGGGGAACACUGGCCUAAACCUCAACCUCAACCUCACAGUCACACUAAAAGACACACAGCCGCAUACACAACAGAGCAAAAACACAUCAAAUGAACAUAUUUUCAGUCUUGUUUUCAUGAAUGCAAUCUACAUCCUGUAUGACACAUUUACACGCGGUGUACAGGGCCUGAGGUGUUUUCGCAUGAGUUGCUAUUUUGUAAAUGUGUGGUGCUGCAUACUGUUUAUCUGAGUGUUGAGUGUUGUCAACGAUAUGGUGUUUCCAAAAGUGAAUUCUUGAAUGAAAACGUUACUAAAUGAUAUGUAACACUAAACUAAUACAUUCCAACUUCCAAAUAGGACACAUAUUCAGUUGUAAUGUCUAUUUCGCCACUAAUCUGCAGUGUUUUCAAAGCCACAUUAUCUAAACCUCCGUUUAUUUACAUGUUAUCUUUUUAAAGUCUUUACUUUGUUUCUCUUGUGUCUUCUACCUCCCUCCAAACACCCUGCAUGGUUUAGUUCACUGUAAAGUAGUUUUUUAAUUUGUAUUGCAAAGGGGAAAGAAGAUAUGUUGGAUAUUUUGCUUGUAGAAUCAUCACACUGCCAAACUUUUUUAAUCUUCUCUCUUGUAGUUUACGAAGGCAAUGCUUCUGUACUUAACUUCAUCUGGCCUUACCAGUUGUGCAGCAUUUUUAACCACUGCUCCCGUGUUGUGCGUGAGUGCGUGCAUGAAUACAUGUGAAAGAGGAUAUUUGUGUGUUCAGUUGUAGCUACAUUUUUGAAUGUGCAGAAUGCCAGUCAUGGGAAGAGAACAUGAGUGUUUGUUACUAGCCACCUGUGUCUUUGUUUUGUAUAAAGCGUGAACUGAUAUUAAUCUCUUUCUAACACUCUAACACUGCCAGUACGUUCAAAUAAGCUGUUAAAAUGAAGUCUACUCUCGUUGGAUUGAUAAUUCUGGUCUUUAAGUGACAAACCCUUGUUGUUUUAUGUCUUUUUAUAAACCCAGAGCUUUAACCAGAGUGUAUCCUUCUGUCAAGCUACUUCUGUUUAUUAUUACAAGUGAACAUGAGUCAGUGAAAUCGUCAGCAUGAAGUCAAGGACUCUUAUAUCAGUUUUCUGGCAACAUCAGACAUGCACAGAUUGCAACCAUGUUGCCAUGAUACCUACUCAACUUGUUGCAUUUGUGUUGUAUUGUGAUGACAUGAAUUUGUUUGUUUAAUUUGAGUUUGUUUUGUUUUGUUUUUUCAAGUAAACUUUGUCUGAAAAUCA